GGAUAUUCAAGUGUGUCGAUGGACCGAUGCAGGCUCAAUUAUCUCAACGUUAGGCUUAAUUCCACGCAUCUGCAUAGAAAAUUUAACAGUGGCAUGGAUUUUUAGGAAAGAAAGAAAAAACAUUCACUGAACUCUGGGUCAGGGAUUUAUCCGUAGCCUGGGUUUCUGUCUUUUUGUUCACAGAGGCGACUGGGACACUCCUUCUGGUCACACCUCCAACCACUUUCAGUCUUCUCAGUCGGGGCGGAGAGUGGGGUCUCCGUUGCUGAGUUAGCCUGCCCGUCUGAGGCUAGUGAACAAGAGACAACACACAGAUCAUUACCGAGUGGACGAAAACGCCAACAACUCUGGGACGUGAACAUUAUACAUUUAAAGGGACUUUUUAUUUUACUUUUUAGCGUGCAUGACUCACGAUAUGGUUGUCGGAGCAUGGAAGCGGACGACGUGUCGAUCAGAGAGCAGAUAUUUCACGAUCGAGUUCGAGAGACCAUAAUCUGUGUGCUCCUCUUUGUCUGCCUCUACAUCGUCUCCUUCUUCAUCGUCGCUCACUACAAGAAGAAGGCGGAGUUUGUCGCCGAUGACAAUGAAGAUGCCACUGUCAACAGAAUUGCGCUGUGGCUCUGCACUUUCACCCUGUCCGUUUCAGUGGGGGCAGUCCUUCUGCUCCCUCUCUCCAUCCUGUCCAAUGAGGUGCUCCUGUCCUUCCCACACAGCUACUACAUGCAGUGGCUCAAUGGCUCCCUCAUUCACGGGCUCUGGAAUCUGGUCUUUCUGUUCUCCAAUCUGUCCCUGGUCUUCCUUCUGCCUUUCACCUACUUCUUCACUGAGUCCGAGGGCUUUGUGGGAUCCAAAAAGGGCGUGAUGGGCCGUGUGUACGAGACGGCGGUGGUGCUGCUGCUCCUCACCGUGCUGGUGCUGGGGAUGGUGGGCGUGGCCUCUGCCAUCCUCCACCGCAGCUCCACCGUGGAGAGUCUCUACGACCUGUGGGAGUACUACCUGCCCUAUCUGUACUCCUGCAUUUCGCUGUUUGGGGUCCUGUUGCUCCUGCUGUGCACACCCUUUGGCCUGUCACGCAUGUUCAGCAUUACAGGAAGCCUGCUCGUCAAACCCCGGUUGCUGGAAGACGUGGAGGAGACGAUGAACUGCGCGGCGUUCGAAGAGGCCUGUCUCGCCAGAAAGCUAACCAAUGCUACCUCCUGCUGGAUCAGCCUUAAUGUGGAGGUGAUGAAGAGGCAGUUUCUCACAAUCCAAACCAGGCGCAUCUCUCUCGAGAUGCGACGGAGAGCGUCGCCAUGGCAGCGUUACCUGGGUUACCCUCUGGCAAUGCUGCUGCUGUUGGCGCUCACGGUUGUGUGUGUUCUGAUCGUGUUCUUCCACGUGCUGGAGCUGCUGUUCAAUGAUGCUGCUUUGCCACGGGGAAUGGAGGAUCCCCUCCUGGGUGCCGCAUCCUUCUCCAUGUUUGGGUCCCUGGGAGCAGCUGUGCAGGUCGUCCUCGUCCUGUACCUGAUGGUGUCGUCAGUGGUGGGCUUCUACAGCUCGCCCCUGUUCACAGGCCUGCUUCCUCGCGCCCAAGACACCACGCUGACGCAGAUCAUUGGGAACUGCGUGUCCUUGCUGGUUCUGAGCUCCGCGCUUCCAGUCUUUUCCCGGACUUUGGGGAUCACGCGCUUUGACCUUCUGGGGGACUUUGGGCGCUAUAACUGGCUGGGAAACUUCCACAUCGUCUUCCUGUACAACAUGCUGUUCGCCACGCUCACCUCCGCCUGCCUCAUCAACACCGUCACCUGGGCCGUGCAGAGGGAGCUCAUCCGUGCCUUCGGUCUCCAUAAAUUGCCUUUAACGGUGUGUCGCUCCACAGUCCCAUUCAAGCUCCUGGUAGCCAACGGGCUUUCAAAGGUUCAGUAAAGGAACGGCCCAUGUCCCAUGUAGCUGGGAUCGUUCCCACCUGCCAAAGAUCCCACCUGCAUUGGCCAAAUCUCUUUGGACCAGAGGCGUGUCCUUACAUUGUCACGGAAAUGAGGAGAACAAUGAAGCAUAUCCAGUCCUCGUGUGCAUUAUGGGAAAUUGCAGUCCAUCCAGUGGAAGACCUUUAGAGCAGCAGAGGUUGGAGAGAAUGGCCAGCCUCAGCGAUACCUUUUUAUUUUACCGCUAGGGACCAACUGCGUUUGUUUCCUUGGCUACGGGUGUUACGGUUGCGAUGGCGGAAAGAGACAGUGCAGCUGUUGCCAAAAAAAACAAAACUUUUUUUAAAUGGCUUUGUUGAGCAAAAACAUGGGAAAGGCAGUGGAACUUUGGUGAGGUUAAGAACCUCUCUUCUGCUCUGAUUCCCUGUAUAGGGGCCUUCUGUGAAAUGUGUCGAAGUUGAGCCUUCAUGCAUACAUACUGUUUUUGAAAAUAAUUUUGAAAAUUACUGAGAUUGCAGAAGUCACCCCCCUCCCACCCCACAAAAAAGAAAAGUAAAUUUUUUUCAGGAGGUAAAAAAAAUCAUUGAUACAUCUAUUUUACAUUAAAUGGGCAUUUUAGGAUCUGUGACACACGUUCCCUGGUGUUUUCCGGAACUUUGGAAAUGGAUCCUGUCUUGGGACCCUGUUCUUGCCUUGACAGGAAGUUCCUCUCUUGAUACUUCCUGCCUAUGUUGCGGUCUGUGGACUUUCAGACCUGUUAUUGCCCUGGUAAAG